GAGCCCCGACUCUAGGACCCGGCCGGCGCCUUCUCCUUCUCGCCCGCCGCAGACAAGCGCGGCGCCGGCCCCGCGCCGUGGAACAUCUCGACGGUCGCGCUCGGGCUGAGCCCGGGGGAGGGCGAGCGAGGGAGGGGCGGCGGCCAGUCGGGCGGAGAGGCGGAGCCCCCCCCCCAGCCAGACUCGCCAGCCGCGCAGCAGCCGCGCACCCCCGCCGCCGCGCCGCUGCGAGCGGUGGCGCUGCCGAUGGCGCCGGCGGUGCAGCCGAGCGGUGGGGCGCUGCCGAUACCGCCACUGACCCCGCCUCAGAGCCAGCAGACAUAGCGCCCCGGAGAGGGAGCGUCACCCAACAAUGUGGUGUCAGGUGCAUCAUAUCAGAGAGAGCAGUCAGCGAGCAUGGAGAGAGAGGGCGAGGGGGGUGGAGGCUAGGUCCCCCCGCCCUCGAGUGUCGAUCUUUAGGCCCCCGCGGUGCGCUGUGCGCUCACAGGGGAGAUGGUGGCAUGUACGUAAAAAGGAAGAGCAGUCACAAACGC